GCAGCUAAAUACAAAGUUGUAUAUGUAUAUUUUGGUUUUAUUUUAUUAUGAUUUUGCUCAUCUGAACAAAAACUUGUGAAGGGUCUCAGUGUCAUCAUGUCCUUUUUUUAUAGUUCAGCUGCAGGCUCAAUGUCAUUUUCUCCUUGAAAUUAUGGGAUGGGAACACUCUUCUUUGUAAGCCCAUAAAAAGGUGAGCAUGACCACCUCAUUACCUCAGCAAUAAAAGAAUACAGCCUCCAGUGCAGUGUAAGCAAUGUCAGUGUGCAGAGUCCAACGGCUCCACUGACUCGUUCUGUGGGAGAUGAUUGUCACAGUCUUUAGCUCCAAGUUCAGACCAGCAACUGGUGUUCAGGGACCAUGCCCUCAGGGAAGACCGUCAAGUUCGUCCUGUAUGAGGUGCUGCAGUUUGCGGCUCUUAUUGUACCAGUCUUUGUGAUAAUGGAGAGGUUCGCCAGCCUCAUACGUGACGUGAAAGGACGGGAUCUAACAGCAUACUGGCUCGUGGUGGCAGCUUCCAUUGCCUAUGUGACCUCUGUGACCCUGCUGGUAUGGGUUCCUCUCAAAUAUCUGAUCCUGAAGCGGCGGAGGUUCAUCACAGAGAUCACACAGUGGAGACCAACAGCACUGGCGUAUCUCAUCCUCUGUACAUUACCAUGCUUUGCUAUUUUAAUCGCCAGCUCCAAGGUGCAGGUGGACAGAGGACACAGGCUCGACGAUUUCGCCGAGUUGCCCGUUUCCUUGGUGCUGUUCUCCCUCAUCUGUGUGGAUAUUAUAGAGAGGAUUCGCCCCUGCAGUCUCAUUGGACAAUCAGACAGCCUGGAUGCUGACCUUGACAUGCCGGGCCCCAUCCUCACCCACCUGGAACAGGUGACCACCAUAUCAGGCCAGCUGCACCCCGAUGAGAGCCAGAACGGUUUGACCCCAGGUCAUCCAGAGGCCAGAAAUGGCAGCGCCUCAGGCAGAUGGCGGGACUUUGCUGGCUCACCCAGCCGCUCGACUCCCAGCUCACGAGCGACCAGCACUGCCUACCUGUACUCCUCAUCCUCACGCCCUUGGUCCCACCCCGGGCAUCUAGGCUUCCUCUGGAGGAGGGAUGUGAGGUCAGAGGUGUUUGUGGAUAGUUUUAUGUUCUGGUUAGACACUGUGGAGCUGGUGAGAGUAGCAGGAGAGCCAUCAAUCUUCUACUCAGUUUGGGUAUUCCCUGUCUAUAUUCUUGGUUUCCUGUCCACUUUCCGCAUGGUCAUCACUCCUCAAAACCCUUUAUUGUCCUCUGCUGGAUUUGUUCUGCAGGAGCUUCCUUUCUUUAUCAUUCGGGUGGCUCUGAUUGUUGUCUUUGGUUACGUGACACCUUUGUUAUACCCACUGAAAAAUGUGCUGGUGAGUUUGACAUUUAUCUACUUUACAUUCCUGACCAAGCUGAGGAUAUUCAAGAGGCAGAGCAUGUUUUAGGAGACGUGGCACAUUCUGUUGUUAAGGAAACAUUUGCUUUGAUUGUGGACGCUCGAACAGUCGGCAUAUUUAUGUAUAAGGAGCAGCACCAAGGAAACAUGGUGCUGCUACUGAUGACGAGGAGCAGCAUGUUUGGAAUGGUAAUGUCUGCAAAUGAAUUGAGAGGCCAUUUAUCCGAAUCAAAGUGUGAAAAUGACUCUGGAUUUAAAACAAAACAAGUGUGUAGGCUGGAGUGUACGAUAAGCCAACUGUUCUCAUUUCUGUGUCGUAUUUGAAUCCAAAUGUAUUUAUUGAUACUUUAAUUUUAGGUGUUCCUGCUACAUUUUUCAUUGUUUUUUUUUGUUUUUUUUAUCUGUACCACAUUUAUUAACAUACUACAAAGAGUAAAAAAUAUUUGUUGUAGACAAAACAUUUUGAACCAUUUCCAACAAACUUAAUAAAACUUGUUUUA